GAUGAUAUCCAACACGUAUUCACGCGUGCCUGCGACAAUGCCCUUAGUUAUUGCCUUCGCGUUUGUUUCCUACUGUGAGAAAACCCUAAAAAAACCCUAGAUCAAUUUUACAAAACACAAGAUCCAUCUGUGAAGAACACCAUCAAAGGGACCCCAAAUUGUUUCACGAUGUCAGGAAUGGAAGAAGAUACGGACAUAGUGUUGAAGAAAGAUAUAGAAAGGAUUCAAGAUGAGGAAAAGGGUGAUGAAGAAAAAAUAGAUGAACGAAAUUUCGAAGACAACCCAUUUAUUGGGGAUGAAAUUGAAACACCGAAGGCUGGGAUGGUUUUUUCGUCUGACGAAGAAAUUCGUAAUUACUAUGAUAAUUUUGCGAGAAGGCAGGGUUUUGGUGUAGCAAAAAUAAGCUCAAAGAGUGGAGAUGAUGGGAGGCCAAAAUACUUUUCACUAGCAUGUGCUCGAAAUGGUAAGACAAUAUCCACUGCUAAAGGCUCUUAUCAUCCAAGGCCUUCUACUAAGACUAAUUGUAAGGCCAAGAUCAAUGUCACGAUCAAGGAAGAUGGAAGGUUCAUUAUAUCUCGUGUUUAUUUGGAUCAUAAUCAUGCAUUAAGCCCAGGAAAGACACGGAAUUUUAGACGUAACAAGGCUUUGGAUUCUCGUGGUAAAAGAAGAUCGGAGCAAAAUGACUUGGCGGGCAUAACAUUAAACCAAAACUCACAUUCAUUUGCUGAUGAAGCUGGUUGUUACGAAAAUUUGCCUUAUGGUGAAAAGGAAAUUGCAAAAGCAAGACAGUCAAGACUUGGGGUCGAUGAUGCUGAAGCGCUUCUUGUUUAUUUUUACCGUAUGCAGAGUAGGAAUCCAAAUUUCUUCUACAUGAUUGAUGUUGAUGAGGAGUGGAGAAUAAAGAAUGUGUUUUGGGCUGACGCCCGGUGUAGGGCCGCAUAUGAUUCCUUUGGAGACGUUAUCUCAUUUGACACUACUUAUUUGACGAAGAGUUAUGACAUGCCACUUGCUCCAUUUGUAGGUGUUAAUCAUCAUGGACAAUCUAUGUUGUUUGGUUGUGGUUUACUGUUUAGCGAGGACACCGAUACUUAUAUUUGGUUGUUCAAGUCUUGGUUAACAUGCAUGUUAGGGCGUUCUCCAAAAGCUAUAGUUACAGAUGAGUGUAAAGCUAUUCAGACAUCAGUUACAGAAGUAUUUCCAAAUUCUCGACACCGUUUAUGCCUUUGGCAGAUAAUGCAAAAGCUUCCUCUGAAAUUAGGAGAGCUUGCUCAGUACAACGCGAUAAAGAGGAAUUUGAAAAAUAUUGUUUAUGAUUCUGUUAAACCUGGUGAUUUUGAAGAAAGUUGGUUGCAAAUGGUUAAAGAUUACAACCUUGAGAAUAAUGAAUGGUUGAAGUCUUUAUAUGAAGAUCGCCAUUGUUGGGUUCCUGUAUUUGUGGAAAAUACUUUUUGGGCUGGAAUGUCAACUACCCAACGAAGUGAAAGUAAGAAAACCUUUUUUGAUGAGUAUGUUAACUCAAAGACUACCUUAAAGCAAUUUGUUGAACAGUACGAUAAUGCUUUAAAAAGUAAGGUGGAGAAGGAAAGUAAAGCAAAUCUUGAUUCUUUCAAUUAUACUCUUCCAAUGAUAACUAGUCUUUCUAUUGAAAAGCAAUUUCAAAUGGUUUACACUAAUGAUAUUUUUAAGCUAUUCCAGGACGAGUUGAGAGGAUUGAUGUAUUGUAAUGCAUCUUUUGUUAAGACCGAAGGAUCAAUUGCCACAUUUGAAGUGACAGAAAGUGUGUUAGGAAAAGAUGGUGUAUCGUGGAAAGAGAUGGAGUAUGAGGUUCUUUAUAAUGAGACUGAAUGUAAGGUGCAAUGUUUAUGCCAUUUGUUUGAAUUUAAAGGAAUUCUAUGUAGGCAUGCAGUAUCUAUUCUCAUUAAAAAAAAGGUGAAAGAAGUUCCAUCUCAUUACAUUUUAGAACGAUGGAGGAAGGAUAUGAAGCGUGGAUACACUCUUGUGAAAAAUGUUUAUGAUGAUUUUGAUAAUAAUGAACAGAGGUUGCACAAUAAUAGGUUAAGUCCAUUGUUUUAUGAAGUUCAAGAACUUGGAACAGUGUCAGAUGAUAGAUGUGAACUUCUGGUGGUGUUAUUGGGAGAAGUGAAGAAAAAACUUCUUGCUUGUGAGGGUAACCAGAUCAAUCAAGGCCCAACAAUGGCAUCACCUCAACAUGAAAAUAAGUGAAAGGUAUGAACCAGAGCUAGCUGCAGUUUCAACAGGUUCUCAUAUUGAUGCAAUUCCUUAUUUGGGGAAGUAUGAUGGAGUUCUUGGUGUUUUGGGUUGCAAUAGAAGCCAUUAAUGUACUAAAAAGGUAUGAAAGUUGCCCAACUGUUGUAAAUAUUGGUAUACAAACACAGAGGGCAGAAGUUUCAAAAUACUUUGUUCUCAUGGCUCAGCCAAGUUGCAUUAUAAUAUUUGAUGAUAUAAAUUGACCAGAUCUAGAGUGCUUUAGUGUGGUUGAUUUAUCUGUAAAAAUCUUGGACUUAAUUACCUUAUUAAUACUUUAAAAGGAUUGAGUAAUAUUAUGCACUGGUAUUCCAUACUGUAAACAUUUCUGACUUUAUCACCAAGUUGUAUACUGUAAAUGAAUAGAGUAACCUUAUGCACUGGUAAUUCAUGCUGUUGACAUUAGAGUCAGAAAUUAAGUUGGACCAACUAAUACCAUCCUUCUAGUAGGAAAAAAUUAAAAUGAAAAGAGACUGAAAUAUUAAAAGGCAGGUUGAUCAUAGCACACUGAUGAGGUCCAAGGAGCUCACAUGCUAUAGGUAUAGAAGGAAGUGGAAACCGUAAAUUUAAAGUUAGGGCUUAAAUUUAAUUUAUUUACUCUUACUUUUAUUUGUUGGGUAAAUUACACUCACCACCCUUGAGAUUUGGAGAAAAUACAGUUAGCCCUAUGCUCUUGACAUAAUUACACUAACCUCUUUUUUAGUAUGGUUAAAGUGACGAAAACUAAUGCCAAUGGUGGGUAAACAUUGAAAUAAACAAAAAUAAAUAUGCAUUUUUGUAGGAAAGAGAUGAUAUCAUUUUUUCUCUCAUACAACUAACGAAUUACUGAUAAAAAAUGACUUAGGUGCUAUGGGAGUUAAAACCUUGAGGGAGGUCAAUGUAAUUAUGUCAAAAGUGUGGGGCUAAUUGUAUUUUUUUUCAAACCUUAGGGGACAUGACUGUCAGACAUAUGUUGAAAUGUAUCAUAUUAUUUUUAAUUUUUUUUUAGACCAGACAUGCUUCGGGGACUUAGGAGACACACAUAUCCAUCAUUAAGACAUGUAAAACAUAUUAUAAGUUUGAACAAAAUAAGUUUGAAUCUAAUGAUAAAAGAAAAAUAAUAUGGAUGUAUCUAUUAAUCCAUUAUCCCGUAAACUUAAGAAAUUAGGGUGUACCUAGUGCACGAAGCUCCCGCUUAAGCGGGGUCUGUGGAAGGGUUGAUAUACGCAGCCUUACCCCGCAAGUGGAGAUGCUGUUUCCAUGACUCAAACCCAUGACCUUAAGAAAUUAUGUUGGUUUUUUCUUUUAAAAUUAUCUUUGAAUGAAGUAUUCAUGUACAAGUUAUAAGAUAUAAUAAAUAUAUAAAAUUGAUAUAUUGCACAUAUCCCUCACGACAUGUUCUACAUUUUUAUUUUCUUUAUUCAUUGCACUGAUUGAGACUAGGUGAUGUGCAAUUUUUUGAGUUCACUAAAAUGUGUGGGAGAGCUUGAUAUGCAUUGUUUGGCCACUCCCUUAACAACUUAAGCUUUUGGACAAUUGGUAACCUGACAUAGUAUCAGACUUUAGGAUGUCUUGGGUUUUCUCACUGUUUACAUUGGUUACCCUGUUUGCAUUAUGUUUCUGUGCAUGUUUGGAUGUGCAUCGCCAUGUGCAUGAUUGGGUUGCAUGUGAGGGACAGUGUUGUAGAGCUUCAUAUGUAUUAUUGGGUUUAUUUUCUUACAACUUGAGCUUUUAGGACAAUUGGUAAUCAAACAAGAUAGUAGUUUUCUAUUCUUUUCUAUUUUCCUUGUGGAACCAUUUAUUGUACCAGUAAUGAGGAGUGAUCAUCUUAUUCACGUGGAAGGUUUUAUUAGAAUGGAAGUGAGGCAAACAAAAUAACAUGGGAUGAGGUGGUGAGAAAGGGAACAUGGUUUGCAUGAGCAGAGCGAGGAUAUGGCCCUAGAUAUAGCUGAUGAAAGGAGUGGUAAUCAAUCUUUCAUAGACGGCUUUUAGAAUUUGUUGAAUCGAGAGUUUUAUAAAUGGCUGUAGUAGUUCACUUCUGUACAUAACCAUUAAGAAUUUUGAAUCAAAUAAUAUAGGAAAAAAGAGUAAAUGGAGAACAUUAAAAUAUGUAUCUUGAUGUUUCUCAUUUUUUAUGUUAAAAGUGCAGCCGCUUAUUGGCAAGCAGCUGAGUCACUUGAGAAAGCUCUCAACUCUCAAGAAAACAGUUGAUAAUCAAAACAUAUGGAGUUGAUGCUGCAAGAUCUGCUGGUUAUGGAAAAUGUCAAGAGGACUUAACAAGCGUUUUUCUAAGAAAUGAAGUUACUCCACUUUUAUGGAGUUGCAUAUAGAGCAAGGUCAUAUUCUUGAGGAAGAAGGUAUUUCUAUUGGCAUUGUGACUGCAAUUGCUGCUCCUGCAAGUAUCAAACGGAUUUGGAAGGCCAUGCAGGCGCUGUCCUGAUGCCAAAUAGGUAUUCUGGAGCCGCAUCCUGGAGAUAUCGACAGCAUCCCAAGCAAGUCACACCUGGAAAUAGGUAUGCUGCUAUUGGUGAACAAUGUCUUAUAGUAUUGUCUGUAAUAUUAUACCACAAUGUAUUUUCCAAACAGAUGAUGUGUGCUGCUAAUCACUUAUAUUUUAGUACCGAUGUUCCGAGUUUUUUUCGUAAUUUUUUCUGUGAGCUGCAGUACGUGAGAGGCAAUGAUGAACACUGAAGACACAAUCUGAUUGAGAAAAUCCAUCAAUCUGCUUUAACCCUAGCCAAAAACCAUGGUGCCAAUCUUUCAGAAUUAAAAUUGUUGUUUUGAAUCCACAAGCCCUUUUUGAUGAAUCAAUAGUGAAAACAAUGGAAGCUCAACACUGCAACAUCGCUAACCUUCACAUGCAAGUGAUGAUUACCAGAGCUUACCAUGACUCCUCCACUCUUCGUACAUGUGGCGAGCAGAUAGAAGAUUUGGUUCCAGUAAUGGUUAGGAACAGGGGGACUCUUGGAAUCUACUUCCUCCUAAAGAGAAGCUUGAAGAGGAAUCCAUAACCUAAAAUUUGCCACAGAGGUGGUAAAAUUUUUCAUGCAUUCUAAGAAGACCUGCCUAAAGCCUUCUUGCCAAUAUAAAUCUUCCAAAAUUCAAGAAUAUGGAGGUGGCUGAAGUUUUGUGUACCUAGCUUUUUGGGUUGUGUAGUGUAUGUAUCAUUGAGCCUCGUUAGUCAUCUGACCAAGCCUCCUAAGAUGUGAGAGGAUUUUUCCUGUGUUGGCUAGGGUUUUGUGUUGUGUGUUGUUUCUUGUUGGAGAAUUUGUUGCCUUUUGGCAUGUAGUAACCAUUGGGUUGUGUUUUGAGCAAUCGUUGUAUUUCUUUUUUGUUUGGUUAUACAAACGCACAUUUAUCAUUGUAAUGAUAAUUUUUGACAUAAUUUUCUGCU